AUGGCGAUCGAUCGAUCGGAGCAAGCAGCAGGAACGGACGAAAUGCAAGCACAGCACGCAUGCACGCAUACCAGAGCCCACCUGACCGAAUCAAUACGAUCAAUGCCGGUGAUCAAUAGCGACCGUACCUGCGCGGUACGGUCACAGUGGCGCGAGGCACUCACUGGAUUUCCGGUUAUUUUGGCCGAAUGGAGGAGGGUGGUUGCAUGUUUCUCCGUUGGCAGGGAUCUCUUGGUUUUUGAGAGUUACGGGCUUUUGCUCAUGAAGACCUGCAUGAUUCAUGAAGAUAUAAUUGCAGAAAAGUUCCUCCAAUUUGGCGACACUUGCAAAUGUUGUCCAUGCCAGUUGAAUAACUUUUUGAAGAAGGAGACUCUAAGUUCAUCUAUUCUCUUUCACGGAAUGGACGAAAACGUGUUAUCUCCUUUUCUACUUCUAAUCAUGCGGAGCGAGGUAAGCGGUGAGGUGCCUGAGGACCUAGCCGAGGGUCUUUCAGUGGAGAAGCAACAGGAACAACAGCUGAUGAAUAAGCUGGCCGCUCAGGGACGUUUGCCUGCUAGACCUGCGUCCUCGUUUCUUCAGAAAAAAUUACAGCAAAGGAAGUUUUUCGACUCCGGUGAUUAUGCCAUGGAUAAGGAUCGCAGUAAACAAGCGGUACCAGGCCGUCUGCCUCAUCCGAUGGCUGCUCCAGUAGCAGUCGCAGCGCCAGUGGCGAGAUCGCCCUCGGUGGGUGCAACUGAACCGGUCUCUCCCGACGCGGAGACUAACUUGCAGAUCCCUCGUCCGGAUACUGUACCACAGAGAAAAGCUUCUAUCAUCAAUCCUACAGUGCAUUGCAAACUUAGCCCGAUGCCGCAUGUACAGCACCACGAUGGUCAGCCUACACAGCUACCGUCCAUGGAGUAG